UUCACGUUUCUUAACCUUAUGAUUUUGCCCACAGCAGUGAAAAACUCUCCUGAUAGACUAUUGGGUCCCGCUUUCAGGGAGCAACAUUAAUAGCGCUUUUUAAAAAUCUUGUUUUGAACCAACCUCUGAAGUUCCGUGACUUCCGGGUUCACCAAAGGUCAACAUUCCCAUCAUUCGUCAGAACCAAGAUGGCCGCGCCCAUGGACGUUUUUCGCGACAGCGUGAAGAGCUUGCUGGACGGAUGGACAGUUCUACAGCUUGCAGUACAACAUGGGUUUGGUGGAGUACACAGCACAGCCAAGGCACAGUGGAUGGUGGAGGCUGUCACUCAGUGGUUCCAGGAGAAUGCUGAUAUAGAGCCCGGUGAGCUGGAAGAUUUUCUGGCAGAAAUCUUGAAUAAUGAGUUUGACACAGUAGCAGAUGAUGGCAGUCUUUCUCAAAUAGCCCAGCAGAUCUGUGGUUCCUACAGGCUGUGUCGGCAGGGGAGACAGCAGGAGGUGCUGUCCCGGAUACAGCAGCUGCCCAAGGCACAGCUGUCUGGCUGUGUGGCAGCUACAGGGCCAGAGCAGGAUGAUGAUGAUGAUGACGAUGAUGAAGAAGAUGGAAAGGAAGAAGAUAAGGAUGAGGACAUGGAGGUGACUCCAUCUAGUUCUGUAGAGAAUGGACCUCAACAUCAAAAAGCUCAAAGUCAGCAAGCAGACAAUAAAUCAGCACAAGAUAUGGAAUCACAAAGUCAAGAGGACAUUGACGAUGGCUGGACUGUGGUUACCAAGAAGAAAAAACGCUGACAUUGAAGACAAAUCACUCUAUAA